AUGCAGUUCUCCAUCCUUACUCUCUUGACCAUCUGUGCCUCUGUCACUGCACUGCCUGGUUUGACUGACCACAACGGCGCAAAGCCUACCGAUGUGCACGGGUCGGGUUGGACUGGCCAGCACACAGACAACGGUUCUUGGUGUACUACAGCAACCUCUACGGCCACCAUCACCAUUGUGGAUCCCGUCACUAGUACGCAUACUGUCACUUGUACCGAUACCGUCACCGUUACAGACCCUGUCACCACUACAGACACUAUUACAGCUACGGCUACGAUCACCGCUACGUCCACUUCCACUUGCACGGUGACAGCUACCUCUACCGGAACUUGGGGUUCCCAUGGCAAUGGGAACUGGUAA